AUGUCGUCAGUGGAACAUGUCUUCCGAGUUCGUAGACUAUACAAGCUGAUAUUCCGUGUGCACCGCGCUUUGCCCCCAGAACUCAGAAUCAUGGGUGACAACUAUGCCAGAGAUGAAUUCAAGAGGCAUAAGAAAUGUAAUCCUGAGGAAGCUAAGAUAUUUCUCAAUGAAUGGACGGAUUACGCGAUAACAUUAGCUAAACAGAUGAAGCCUAUACAACAAGCUAAAAAGAAGAAAGUUGGGGAAUACUUAGACCCAAAACUGUUAGAUCACAUGACUGAUGAACAGCUUGUUCAGUUGUAUGAGCUCCACAAAGCUGCCACAGAGCCUUCCACCAAUGAACAAAAUAUACCAGAUAAGAAAUAA